AUGCCCACGCAGCUUCCAGCUUCUGGAAAGGCGGACCAGCCGGUGCUCGUGCGCAAAGCGUACACAAACGUGCUCCGUGCCAACCGAAGGUUGUGACCCUAGUACACACAUUGCAACUGCGCGAUAUAUUUUACCAUUGUGACAUACAACUCUGUAGUAGGCGGGCUAUGCAGGCGUGGGCGCGCACGCUGCGUCGGUGUGCUGCGAGUUCGCGCGUUACUCUGCCAUCAAAAUUCAGCGAGCGACGACAGGCCCUUUCCGUGAACUCAUCAGCAGCCAUGAACUGCCGUGAACUUAAGCAGCAAGCUCGGAAGGACAUCAAGCAGGCGCUUCGCGGCUUGACGCAGGAGCAAAUGGCCGACGAGAGUGCUAGAAUCGGCGCCCAGGUGCUGGACAUGCGCGCGUACGCCAGGGCCGGAACGCUGGGUAUCUACCUCCACUGCGCCAAAUUACGGGAAGUGGACACAACGGCGGUGCUCCGCGAUGCGCUGCAUCAAGGCAAGCGCUGCUACGUGCCAGUGGUGGAGGACAAGAACAGCAACAUGAAGUUCCUGCACCUGGACGACAUGGCCUGUCUGCGCACGGUGCCGCCCUUUGACAUCCUAGAGCCGACCGACACCUACGAUGAUGGCACGCCGCGGCAGGAUGCCCUGCAGUCCGGCACUUGCUUCGACGUACUGCUAGUGCCGGGGCUUGGCUUUGACACCAGCGGGCGGCGGCUGGGGCGUGGCGGCGGGUACUACGACAAGAUGAUCACUGGGCUACAGCGGCUGGCGCAGGCAGCCGGCCGGGAGCCCCCUUUGCUAGUCGCGCUGUCGUACAGCGCCCAGGUGGUGGGCGCCGUACCCGUGGACGAGCACGACCAGCUGGUGGACGUGCUGGUCACGGCGGCCGGCGUGUACGGCUGUACGGACAGGGGGCGGGCGGCGCUGCAGCUGUAGGCGGUAGGCGAUGGACGGUAGUGGUAGGCCGUACCGGAUGCGGGAUUGGGGUGGCGGCAGGGGUGGAGUGGCGAGGGUAGCGGUACGUGAUGGAUCAAACAUGCUGGGCUCGGCCGGCAAACAUCUGGCGGGCACACAAGCGAAGGUGCCGCUGAGCGGAAUAACCAUUGCCUGGCUCCGUCUAAGUUGGUACGGGUGCGAGUUUUGCGGCGCUGGUCACCUGACCCAAUCACUUGCCCGAUGGCAGCUGGAGUACCGUUGCACGGCGCGGCCGACCAGCCGCCGACCAGGCGGCACCGGGAGCAGCGAGCCUGCUGUGUGCGGCUGUCUGUCGCUGUCUACCCGCUGGCACACGCCACCAGGCCACCAGGCUCAGGGUAUCCAUGGACAGCAGCAGAGACCUUGUCCAUGUAUUUGGAGUCAUGGCUUACGCGUCGGGGAAGGCUUGCUGCACUGGGUAGCUUGCCUGGCUCAUACGGUACUUCCCACACGUAUGUCGACGGUCUGUGGCUUCCGGGCAUCCCUGCCUCUGACGCGGGUGUGACGACGGCAGGCUUUUGUCGUGUGUACUGACACGCGUCAGGCAUCGCCUUGUGUGGGUAGAGCAUGUGAGGAGGACGUAGCUGUGAGAAGGGGCGAGGCGUGCGCGAGCAUUGCCCACAUGUGGAACAUGCGCGGCCCCUGCAUCCAGUACGGCACCGACACCAUGUACGCCACCCCGCUC